CUCUUAUGUCUGCAUGUUAACAUGGCUUUGAACAUCCCGGGACUCAUCGCCACCCUGGUCUUCUACGCCCUGGUCCUGGCCAUCGGGAUCUGGGCCUCGGUGAAGUCCAGGCGGGACCAAAGCCGGACCCAAGCCCAGCACAGUGAUAUGGCUCUGCUGGGAGACCGCAACAUCAGCCUUGUGGUGGGCAUCUUCACUACCACCGCCACGUGGGUAGGAGGGACCUUCAUCAUCGGGACAGCAGAGACCGUGUACGACCCGGGACAGGGGCUGCUCUGGGCUGUGAUGCCAUUGGCCGCCACCGUCGCCUUCAUCCUCGGAGGCGUGUUCUUCGCCGAGCCCAUGAGGGACAGGAAGUACGUGACCAUGAUGGACCCCUUCCACACCAAAUAUGGAGACGUGUUGUGCGGGCUGCUGUCGGUGGGCCCUCUGCUGUCUGAAAUCAUCUGGGUCACGUCCACACUCAUCAGUCUAGGUGUAACCAUGAGUGUGAUCCUGGACCUGUCCUACACUGUGAGCAUCUGGAUCUCUGCAGCUGUGGCCAUCACCUACACUCUGCUGGGAGGACUCUACUCUGUGGCCUACACGGACAUCAUCCAACUGGUUCUCAUCUUCAUCACUUCUUGGCUGUGUGUACCGUUCCUCCUCAUGAGCCCCUCCUCUGUGGAUAUCAGCACCACCUCCUUUAACCACACUUUCCAGGCUCCGUGGGUGGGCAGCCUGAGCGCAGGCACGGUCUGGAGGUGGCUCGAUAUCUUCCUCCUGUUGAGUGUGGGGGACCUGGGCUUUCAGAGCUUCCACCAGAGGACGCUGUCGGCCUCCUCCUCCAGCACAGCCAAACUGCGCUGCUACGCUGCCGCCUUCCUCAUCCCCACCUUUGGGAUCCCUCCGGUGCUCAUCGGGGCUGUGGCUGCCUCCACAGACUGGAACCAGACGUCGUACGGCUCCCCUCCCCCAUAUGAGCGCGGGCAGACGGGCCUGAUCCUGCCCCUGGCCCUGCACCACCUGACCCCGCCUUACAUCUCCGUGGUGGGCAUCGGAGCUGUGGCCGCCGCUGUGAUGUCAUCCACAGACUCCGCCCUCUUAUCGUCUGCAUCCAUCUUCUCCUCUAAUAUCUACAAGAAGAUACUGAGAACCAAGGCGUCAGAGCAGGAGCUGCGCUGGGUGAUUCGAGGCUCCGUGGUGAUGUUCGGACUGGUUGGCGCCUCCCUGACAUUCCUCCACACCGGGGUCAUGGCCUUCUGGGUACUGGGAGGAGAGAUCGCCUACAUCCUCAUGUUCCCCCAACUCGUGUGUGUGCUCUUUGUCAGCAUCUCCAACGGGUACGGGGCCGCAGCGGGCUUCUUCACAGGCCUGCUCUCAAGGCUUUUGUGUGGGGAGCCUAUGCUGGGUCUACCCCCUGCCAUCCACUUCCCCGGGUGUGUGCAGGAGGACGGGGUCUACGUGCAGUACUCGCCCAUCAGGUCCAUCUGCGUGUUGGUGGUCUUUGGCACCAUCCUGCUUGUGUCUUAUGUGAGCACUGUGCUGUUCAACAAAGAUCUGCUUCCCGAAAGGUGGGAUGUGUUUCAUGUGAAAGACACGCCAAAGAAAUCAGGCAGUAGCAGAGAACUCUCAGAGACUGUACAAGAGAACAGAGCGACCCAACCAAUGCUAGAAUCCACCUGUUGAACCAAUGUAUGCUCUUUAAACAGCACUUUAGAAAUAUAAUCCCGAAU